AUGAUCGACGCCUACAAGGAUGAGGAGCAGAAACGAAAAGAAAUGGAACUGAAUUUGAAGCGACAGGAGUUAGAGUUCCCCGAAAAGAAGAAAAAGAGCACAUCGAAGCCUCGAAAAAUCCACAUCGUCCCCAAACCAUGCAACCACACGACCCAAACGAAAAACGAGUUGAUCGUCAAGACAGUAAACGAAGGACCAAGUGAUGAGGUCAUCUGUUCACCAACUGGACAACAACCUCAGAAAUAUCAGAAUCCGCAGAUUCUGAAUCCUCAGGCUUUUCAGCAACAGCAAUUCCAGCCCCAAUACGUUUUGGUGCCAGUGGAGAUGUUGAGGAAUACGAAGACAGUCAGAAGACCUUCUGGAAUUCCGGCCAACUUUGAUCCGUCUCUCCUAAACCACCAAGACCGCACAAUUGUUGAAAGUGUGGCCACUCAAACAUCAGAUCGUCUUAUGCUGAGCAAUGAGACGGAUUUGGAGAAGAAGACUUCAGAAGACUGGUUAUCUGGAUUUGACGAAAGAGACGGUGAAAAGAUAGAUGUCGAUGAGGAAUGUCAAGAACAGGAUAGUGAGAGAUGUAUGAGACGUCGGAGAGAUUGGGAGGAUCGGAAGGCUCAUCAACCUGUAGAUUCAGAUGAGACUCGAGUUUCGAUGGAGAGUGAUGCUCCACCAUCACCGCCAAAGGAUGAUGAUUCUUCUUCGGGAGUCACGUCUUCUGGAGUGACGUCAUCUGGGGUGACAUCUUCUGGAACUCAGCCUACUCCAACUUCUUCUUCUGACCCGAAAACUUUAGCUUCUUCUGGUGUAGAUGGCAAAGAUCAAGUAAACAAUGAUUCUGAUGGUUCAAAUGGAGCCAAUGAUGGCCGUGGAGGUCGUCACAAGCGAUCCAGUCCGAAGAGAUCCCCUCCGGGAUCCGGAACCCCAGGAUCAGGAGUCAAUGAUUCUAACGGAUCGGAUAGUGCCCCCGGAUCUGGCCAAUCGGAUACCACUGGUCCACCACCACCACCGCCACCAGCUCCACUAGCUCCCAGGAGAUCUCCACCCAAGCCUUACAAUGGAUCUGAUGGUUAUGGCGGAGCUUAUGGACCAUCUGGAAUCAAAGGAUCUUCACCUCCGAAACCAACGAAUUCAGAUGCUUUAAAAGGUCAUGAAAAUGGUUCAAAGGAUCAGAACAAUUUGAAGGAUCCAAGACAUUCUAAGAAUCCAAAAGAUCCGAAAGAUCCGAAAGAUCCGAAGGAUCAGCAAAAACCACCGAAUGAGGAUAAGAGCUAUGUGGCUAGCCAGUACAUUGGCCAACCUGGGGAGAAUGUUUCUAACGUUCCACCUCCACCACCACCACCCAAAUCAUCGUCGCCAGCCGGCCGCGCCUCAAUUUUCCCAUAUUUCAUUGAUCCGAAAGCUCCAUCGGCCAGUGUGUCUACUAGUAAAGCGUCGUCCAAAUACACGGAUCCCGAGUUGGUUCCAACUGAUUCGUCGUGUGCGCUGUACCGCCAAAAGAGAAAGAAAAUGCCCGAAGAUUCUGCCAAGAUCUACACUGCAACUCCGAAAACACCAAAAUCGGAUCCUAAAAAUUAA